CAUAUUCUGCACACUCAAACCAUCUAACAAUUUCAUCAGCAUCUUCUCUCUCUCUCUCUCUCUCUCAUCCCCAAUGGCAACUAUGGCUCUCUCAUCCCCAUUCACUGGGAAGGCCAUUCCUCUGAACACACAGACAGAGUUCUCAGCUGUCCAAGGAAAUGGUAGGGUUUCUAUGAGGAAGACGGGGAAAAAGCCUGCUGUCUCAUCAGGGAGCCCCUGGUACGGUCCUGAUCGUGUCAAGUACCUAGGCCCAUUUUCCGGUGAGGCUCCAUCUUACCUAACCGGAGAGUUCCCUGGUGACUACGGAUGGGACACUGCUGGGCUAUCAGCAGACCCCGAAACCUUUGCCAAGAACCGUGAACUUGAAGUCAUUCACUCAAGAUGGGCAAUGCUUGGUGCUUUGGGCUGUGUUUUUCCGGAGCUCCUCUCCAGGAACGGAGUCAAGUUUGGAGAAGCAGUGUGGUUUAAAGCAGGAGCUCAAAUCUUCAGCGAAGGUGGCCUUGAUUACCUUGGAAACCCAAGCCUAGUUCAUGCACAGAGCAUUCUAGCAAUCUGGGCAACCCAGGUGGUUCUCAUGGGUGCUGUUGAGGGUUACCGAAUUGCCGGAGGACCCCUUGGUGAGAUCACCGACCCACUGUACCCAGGAGGCAGCUUUGAUCCUUUGGGACUUGCAGAUGACCCAGAGGCAUUUGCAGAGCUUAAGGUCAAAGAACUCAAGAAUGGAAGGCUUGCCAUGUUCUCAAUGUUCGGCUUCUUUGUGCAGGCCAUUGUCACUGGAAAGGGCCCCAUUGAGAACCUUGCUGAUCAUCUGGCUGAUCCUGUUACCAACAACGCUUGGGCUUAUGCCACCAACUUCGUGCCCGGGAAGUAAGGACACCUAAUCAGUGUGCACAAUAGAUGAUUUUUAAGCUACCUACUUGCAUGUAAAAUUAAGCUUCAAAAAAUGCAUCAAUGGGGAAUUUUAACUUGAUCUUGAAAACUUGUACAUCCAUUGAAGCUAGAUUAUACAAUUUACUGUCAUAUCUAUUAUUUUCUUAUUACA